AUGUGUGUGGAAGCAGGAAAACUUUUAAUUCUUACAGACCUGGACAUGAUUUAUGGUAAUUUUUUGUUAUUUAUUGCUGUUAACAAUGUUCAAUCUAAUAAUCUAACCACUGUGCAUUUAAACACUCCGUAUACUAAAUACUUUGCACGUGUUGCGCUUGGCGCUCAUUCCAAUCCAAUGCUUUACGUAAACCCCGAGUUUAAGUGCAUUUUAGUAAUGGACGAAAAAAAGCUCGAACAUACAGAUCCUCCUCUGCUCAAUCGUUUCGAGAAACAACGAUUAACAAUUAAUGAUCUACUCUUGGAACAUCAUAUUAGUUUAUGUAAAACUUUAAAUGAAUGGGUACAACAGAUAUCAAUGCUAGAGCAAACGGAGGCUCAGAAUAAAAAUGAAUUUUCUGUAAAUGAUAUUUUUAUUGGAUAUGAUAAAGAAGAAACGAUUCAGAGCUUGGUAUUCGACCAAUGCAAGAAAGAUGGAGAUAUCGAUGAUGAUUUGAUCUUGAGGAGGUGUAAAGAACGGUUAAUAGAUACGGCCACAUCAGACGGCAUUGUGCGCGCGAAACAAUCUAUUUUAUCAAAACAAAAACCUGAUGAAGUUGUUGAAUGGACAGAUCAAGAAGGACAAUUGAUAAUUAUUAAUACAUUUUCCAAUAUAAACACUGAUAUCAAAGCUUGCUUGAAUGAAGUUACUUGCCAAAUUGAUAAACUUUCAACAUUCAAAACAGAAGCCCAGCUUCAAAAUCGGAUUAAACAUUUUUGGUUAGAUAGUGAUGACGAACUUUUAAUCCUACAGCUUGCAAAAUUUAUUAUUGAACAAAUUCGAGAAAAGUAUAAGAAAAAACGGCAAACGAAUGAUGAUAUAUUACCAAAACAUGCCU